AUGCAAUGCACGCCCAUGCAGACAUCCAUCGAAGUACUUCCACCUGAAGAACACGCUGAUCUCCUAUCGUCGCUUCUGAGUCCAAAUCCAAUGAGAAAGGGGUCUCCGAGAAACGAUGUGAAUUUUGGAGAGGCGCUAUUCAAACCGGUAACCACGCAUGAAAAGCGGGAGCAGCAGCACGAAGGCUUCCUCAACAUGCUGGCAAACCCCACCUCAACAACCAAUGCACAAGUUUAACUAUGUUACAUCGCACACUAGAGCGAAAUCAGAGACGCCACAGCUGGGCGUGUGAGAGAUAUUUAAGGAUAACAGUGUGUGCAGGAG